AUAUUUAUGUCCUUCAGUUUUUUAUGAAAAGUUCUCUUCACCAGAAAGUGCAUCUAGACGUAAAAGUUUUAUUAAUACGUCAUUUUUUCAGGUAUAAAAUUUAUUAUAAAAUGUAUAAAAGUUUGUUUGAGUCAAUGGCCUGAGUUAUUUCAAAAUUAAAGUGAAAGUAUAUAAAGUACGCGGUUAAAUCAACAGGAAAUGUUCGAAUUUAUGUUUACCGCAAUAUUUUGGCUUUCAUCUCAAGAAAUUUGCUUAAUGCAUCAACAACUAUAUUAAAUAGCUUAGCAAUUUUAGCCGUUUCUCACAAGCAGAAAAUACUUGAGGAAUAGAGUAAUUAAUAACAAUAUAGACAAAUUGAGUGCGCGCCUGUAAUACAGAUUCGUAUUUCCGGCUGUCGGGACGUGGCUGCAAGUUAUCUGAUAAAUCAAAUCUUGCUGUGCAUUUAUUUGCAGGAUGGCAAGCCGCAGUGAAUUGAUCGACAGAGCCGAAGAUAUGGCUGAAAAGGCUCUUCGCCACGGAAAACAUAUUUUACCGCACGUAGCCCGGUUAUGUUUGACUUCAACAUUCAUAGAAGACGGCUUUCGUAUGUGGUUUCAAUGGGGUGAUCAGAGAGAUUAUAUAAAUAAUACCUGGAGUUGUGGAUGGUUUCUGGCCAUGCUGUUCGUAAUUAUUAAUUUAAUCUGCCAGUUAGGUUGUAGCGGUAUGGUCUUGCUGAGAAAGCGAGUUAAUUUAGCCUGCUAUGUUUUAUUUGGAAUAAUAGCUCUGCAAACUGUUGCAUACAGUAUAUUGUGGGAUUUGAAAUUCUUGAUGAGAAACUUGGCUUUGGCUGGAGGCGUUUUACUUUUGCUUGUAGAAUCCAGAGCCGAAGGAAAAUCUUUAUUCGCAGGUUUACCAUCUUUGGGUGAAAAUUCAAGUAAAACUGUGAUGCAGUUGUCCGGGCGUAUCCUCCUCGUUCUCAUGUUCUUAACUCUGCUUCGUUUCGAUUCUUCUAUUUUACACAUUCUACAAAAUAUCGUCGGAACAGCUUUAAUAGUUCUCGUUGCUGUAGGAUAUAAAACGAAGUUAUGCGCCCUGGCACUUGUCGCUUGGCUAUCAUUGUUGAAUUGUUACAUGAACGCCUGGUGGAAUAUCGCUGCGCAUAGGCCAUACAGGGACUUCCUUAAGUACGAUUUCUUUCAAACUUUGUCAGUGGUCGGUGGUCUUCUAUUGGUAGUAGCCUUAGGACCUGGUGGCUACAGUGUGGAUGAUUAUAAGAAGAAAUGGUAA